AUGGGUUUAAAGUUGAGAGACCACCUUGGAAUAUCUUUCUCGGAGAAAAAAGAUGAACAGAAAAUUUGUAAGUACCGUAAUUUUAUUGCACAUGUGAAGAAAACUACGGAAAGCUGAUCAGAGAUCAACUGAAUGGGCUAUUUAUCCUGGAUUUUUUACCGACAGCCUUAAAGGAGCCACUCACGAGCUGAAUGUUUUCAGUCGCCACACUUGAAACAUAAUUCUCACUUACUCUAACUUGAAGUAUUUUCAUAGCUAAGUUUUCCACUUCAUUUAGACGCUAUAUAACAAUCAAAAUAGCUCAUAAUUGCACGGGUGCAAAGUCACUUACUUAUUGAUCUAUGCGUUCUAGCAAUUUUCUUUUUUUUUUUUUUUUUCAGCAAGCGUUCACUUACGCCGGGGGUCUUUAUUUGAUUAUCAUUUUGUUUGUUUGGAUCUCUAUACCCAUUUAUUGGGUCUGUGGGCUAAAACUCGUUUGCACUUAAUUGCUGCUCAAAAGUUAUAAUAUCUAAAAAGUAACCAAGUCAGCUGCCAAGUGUCUUCGGAAAGCGCUGUUGUACCUACAAGUUCUCACCUUCGUUUAUGCUUGUAAGGUAUGUGAAACGCUCUUAUAAAGAUAUUAUUAUAUGUCGAUAUCUGUAAGCGCACACGCCGCUCGUGGCUUCAAGUAGAUUAGUUUUUAAAACCCUACCACGCAAUAUUUUCUGAUGCUAUACAAAACAUGUCGGCAAGGAAAAGUGAUGAGAAAACAACAGAUUUAAAAAAGUGUCAUUUAACCUAAUGCACGGCCUUCACAAAAUAAGAGUAAGUCGGUAUAAAGAUAAAUAAGCCAUUUUAUUAUCCAAAAACCGCCGAGAUACACAACUUAGCCUAAAAAUAAUAGCCGAUCGUUAUCAGAUACGGGCGUAAAACUCAUCAGAAGACACCCUGACGCUGAUUUAAAUAAAGAUAUCAGUUUUAAAUAGGACUAGUUUUUACCCUGAACGGUUGUGGUACCACGUCAGUCGGGGAGUUGACUAAAUCGGCAAUAAAUUGUUCAUGGUAUGAGGAGAGUUAAAUUUCCUUUCAAUCCUGUUUACAAACGCAAGUGCUUUCCAAGUCGUUGGUGGGUUCUUUUUCGAAGUGAAAUGUGUGAGUUCUACACUAAGUACAAAAAAAAGUGUUUUAAUGUGAUUAUGGGCGUAAGUAGCAGAUGGGUCAGUUAUUUAUGGCCACAAAGAAAAAACAAAUUCAAAUCUUCAUUCUUCUUGUAAUUCACGCUCCAUCACCAAGGCAAGAACAAACAUAAUUCAGUAAUGAAAUAAAGCCCCAGCAAGGUAGACUUCUAUCGAUUUUAGCUCCUGUUUUAUUGCAUGGUGCUUUUCCUUCCCGUUACUAUCGUUUCUCUAUCGGGAAUUUGAUCCCGUUAUUUUUGGAAUUUUUAUAUUUAAUAAUAAUGAUAAUAAUAAUAAUAAUAAUAGUAAUAAUAAUAAUAAUAAUAAUAAUAAUAAUAAUAAUAAUAAUGAGAAGAAGAAGAAGAUCUUCCUCAGCCUAUUGACACUCAUCCAUGAGAGGUUGAUCUGGGUAGUUUUUGUUCGGGGGGAGGGGAGGUCAGGGGCAGCUUAUACACCAGGAUGAAGCCAAUAAUUUCCAUCCUUCCAAGUCAUAAAUCGUUGGUUUCUACUUCGUAGACCCAUUCCUCAUGAUGCGUUAGCUACGAAUGGCAGUCUACUUGUAGAGGACCGAGCUUUAAAACAAUCGUGCCUUGUGGUGGUCAUAAAAUAACUUUGUCUAGAUUUAAUCAAAUUGAUAAAAUCCCAUUCGUAAGGGACACUUAACAGGUUUUUUAAGGCGUUACUUCAAUGUUUUAUUACUCAAGACAGCUGGCUCAGUUCUGUUGGAUAUAUUUACGAGGGUCUGGACCAACACCCCCUCCCCACUAGGUCUACCAUUCAAUGAAACCAUCACAUUGUGAACACUGAAAUAAAUAUUAUGGACACAAUUUCCACUUAGUGAGUUAGGAUCAAGGAACUUGUAAAUGGUAAGUGGUAAUUGGUCAUGGUAAAUAGUAAUUUGUUUACCCACGUAGCACUUAGGAAUUCUAAAGUAGUCGUUAAAACAUGUCCAUGCAUUCCAGAUCAACAAACUGAACCCACAUAUGGUAUUCAAUGUCAGGAUUCAAACUCAGGCCACAUUGGUGGGAGGUAAGUGCUCUCACCAUUGCACCACCCUUGCCCUCCUUGCUCCCCUUGUCUGUGUAUCAUAAAAUACUUUUAUGCUGCGUCAGUAGGGAGGAGAAACAAAAUGUUUCACGUUGUGAUAGCACAAUGGUUGAUAAGUGACAAAUAUUGUUCAGGUAUGAAGGUAUGUUAUACUCUUGUUUAGCAUUGAAUAUGGUAUGAUUUUUCAAUCGGUAAAAAAAAAUCUAUUAUUAAAUAAAUGUAUUAUUAGUCCCGGUCACUUAAUGAAAUGCCCCUCCUGUUGUACCUCCGUUGUUUGUGCUUUUUCUGGUUAAACAUUAUUUUGUUGUCCUUUCACUGCAGAGGGCUGGGACAUAGUGAAGGCCCUUAUGAAUCUUAUGCUGAUAAUGAAUGUCCUGCUAGGUCCUUACACAUACUGGCUCAGUCGAGCCCCUUUAAAAAACAUGUCACUGGAUGUUUAA